CAGACCACCUUCUCUGUCUCUCUGUUUCUAUUUGUCCGUCACCGGCUGGCCGUUAGGGUUGUUUAGAAGAGCAGAAGAAGAAGAGAGAAAAUAAUGGCGUCGUGGAAUUCACUUCAGCUGGAAAUCACAUACAGAGUUAUGGGAUGGAUGGCUUUCACGUGUUGGUCCGUCGGCUUCUACCCACAAGUAAUAUUGAAUUUCCGCCGGAAAAGCGUUGUGGGUUUGAGCUUCGAUUUCGUGGUGCUGAAUUUGACAAAGCAUUCUUCCUAUCUCAUUUACAACGCCACCCUCUACUUCAGCUCCGCCGUUCAAAAGCAGUACUGGGAGAAAUACGGCUCCGGACAGAUGAUCCCUGUAGCAGUAAAUGAUGUUGCUUUCUCAGCUCAUGCUGUUUUAAUGACAGCAAUUAUUCUGUUCCAAAUUGCAAUUUACGACCGAGGAACUCAGAAGGUGUCCAAGAUUGCCAUCGGAAUUGUCGUUGCCGUGUGGUUAGGCGCUGCAGUUUGUUUUUUGGUAGCUUUGCCAACCCAUUCUUGGCUUUGGCUGAUCAAUAUAUUCAACUCAAUUCAAGUUUUCAUGACAGUCGUGAAAUAUACUCCCCAGGCAUUCAUGAACUUCAUGCGGAAGAGCACAGAUGGAUUCAGCAUUGGCUUUUACUUGCUUGAUUUUUCUGGAGGGGUCACAAAUUAUGCACAAAUGGCUGUGCUUUCUAUAGAUCAAGAUUCUUGGGUGAACUUUUUUGGAAAUAUGGGGAAAGUACUGCUAUCUUUGAUAUCUAUAUCCUUUGACAUUCUCUUCAUGUGUCAACGCUUCCUGCUGUAUCCUUCCAAGAAAGCACCCAUCCCUCCUCCUCCUCCUCCUCAAAUCAUCAGCAAGGAGAGCUUGGAGCCACUUCUCCAGUCUUCUUCAUCAGCAUCACCCACUCACACUGUCUGAAAAUGUAUAAACGACAGCUUCUCUCUCCUGCCCAAAACAUGUAGAUGGAAACAAGGAUUAUAUGUUUGGAGGCGAAAACUUAAAUAAAUAUGAAAAAAAACAAA